AUGGCGCCGCAAGAUACUUUUAUAGACGAGGAGGGGUAUACCUGCCCCCUCUGCAUCGAGGAGUUUGAUCUCUCAGACAGGAACUUUCGGCCUUGUCCCUGUGGCUAUCAGGUUUGCCAGUUCUGCUUCAACAACAUCAAGAACAACAUGAACGGACUGUGUCCGGCAUGUCGACGACCGUACGAUGAGAAGACGAUUGAGUGGAAGGUGGUCACAACCGAAGAGGUCGCCGAAUUUCGAGCCAACAUUCAAAAGAACCAAAAACGACGAGUCACCGAUCAGCGACAAAAAGAGGUCCAGAAGCGCGAGGCCGAAAAGGAGAAUCGCAAGAAUCUCGUCGGCGUUCGAGUCGUACAAAAGAAUCUUGUCUACAUCACCGGUCUAGCGCCUACUGUGCGCGAAGAUGAACUGCUCAAGACCCUACGGAGGCCCGAGUUCUUUGGCCAGUACGGGAAUAUCCUGAAGAUUUCGAUCAGCAACCGGAAAAGCCCCGAUGGCCAGCCUCAGUCGCUUGGUAUCUACGUCACCUUCGAGAAGCACGCCGAGGCUGACCGGUGCAUCCAAGCCGUCAACGGAUCGAUGAAUGGCGAGCGCUAUCUCAAGGCCCAACAUGGUACGACCAAGUACUGCUCGGCAUGGCUCAAGAACGAAAAGUGCAACAACCCUGGCUGCAUGUUCCUUCACGAGCAGGGCGACGAGGAGGACAGCUAUACGCGACAAGACCUGUCAUCGAUGAAUACUAUACAUACCCAAAGGCCGCUGCUUGGCGGUGGUUCACGCGCGGCGUCGCGUCAACAUAUGUCGCACCAGACACCGCCGCCUCAACCUCCUGCAUCGCACACGUCGCACAGUAUGGCCAGGACCGCGAGCAAAGAUGGGUCGGAAGGAGGUGUAGACUCGUCGGCUCUGCCCUCCUCGGCAAGCUGGGCUCGAAAUCAACAACGCAGUCGCAGAGGCAGUCAUGCAACUAGCGCAGCAGCUCCGAGUCCCGCAAUAUCUUCGGCCGUGCCAGCUACCUCCAAAUCCUCCGAGGAUCCUGCAUCUGAAGAUGCUGCACCGUCAAAGGGCCCCCAGUCCCCCAAGGCCCGCGAGUCCCCCAAGGCCCGCGAAACCAGCCCCCCGGCCUCGACCAUCGAUACACUGUUAAGCCGAUAUCCCCAGGGGUCUUUUGACAUCCUGGUGAAGGCUCUGCUGGCCUGGGAUAUGCCCAACUUCACCCAGAACCUAGACAUGUCCAGCUAUCCCCCCGUGUUUGACGUCCGGGGUGGUGAGCGUCGCCGGGCCAUGCGUGAGGAGGAGGACCUUCGGCUCGAUGCCGAUCAGGACGAGCAGGCCGAGACCCGUGAAUCGUCGGAAGGCGACGCCGAAAUCGGAGGCAGCCUUGCCCUGGGCGGUGAGCCCGAGGAGCGCGAAGCCACCGCCGAGAGCAACCUCUUUGACCAGCGUCGCCCUGGCACCCAACCGCCGAUUCAACGCGGUAGCAUAGAUGGCCCGUUCGGCCCUGCCAUGAGCGCGUCGGCCUUUUCGCAGGGCCCCAGCAACUCCGUCGGCCGAGCCAUGACUCCUCAGCAGCUCUUCUCUCUAAGGAGCCAGGCUGGUUUCGCGGACCAGAUGCCCCCCGGCAUCGCAGCCCAAGCGAACACGUUCCAGGGACAGGGACAGGGACAGGGUGGUGGUCACAACCGCCAGUCGUCGAGAUACAGUUUCGCCAACGAGUCCAACUCGUCCACCAAUGUCAAGCUUGCUGCCAACCCCAGGAUCAUGGCGCAGCAGUCGUCGAUGAUGCCCAACACGUUCCAGUCCCAGAGUGGUAACCAGUUUUACCCGUCAUCAAUGCCCGCCCCGCCGCCGGGACUCAAGUCGACGGGAACGCCGCCGAGCAUGUUUGGCCAGGGCAACUUUGGAGGAUCGGGAUACGGGGGUGUCCCCAAGGACUCGAGCAGCGAGCAGCUGCUCCAGAGCCUCAUUGGCAGGAACCGUGGUGGAAACAGCCAGGCACACGAUGCCGGAAAGCGUGAGUACAUGAUUUCCUCUUCCUUCUCCAGCCAGUACCCACCUCCCUCUAUCUCCACCCCAGCUCCUGCUCCCGGUCUCCUGGCAUCGCUCCACGGCAAUCAAGCCGGGGCAUACCAAGAAUUCGGUUCCAAGCAGAAGAAGAAGGGGAAGAAGCACAGACAUGCUAACACUUCCUCCUCUGGGGGGAGUGGCUUAGUCGAUCUUGUGGACCCGAGCAUCGUUCAGGCAAGGAUGCACCAGUCCCAGAGCAAUGUUGGUGCCGGGCAUGGACUGUUUGGUGGCCAGAGUCAAGAUGAUGAGCUCCCCUCUCUCGACGAGGCAAUAGGCUCUGUGGAGGCGCUCGUGUCAGAUGACUCUGACAGCAUCCUGCUGCCGCCGACGGCAUCGCAGACGCCGAUCCCGGGCGCAAUCGAUCUCGUCUCUGACUACCUCAGCCCGGCAACGCUCGGGUCGCCAUCGCCGGCUCCGCGCGGAGCGAUGCCCCCCCGGCUGGCUCAGGUCACUCCCGCUGUGCCCAAGAUGCCCAUCGCACCUCCUCCUGGCCUGCCCCAGCGGGUUGUGACUCCAGAUCAGUCACACAGGAGACCUGCCACUCCAGGAUCAGGUGACAUACAGCGGAGCAUCAAGGCGCCCAGCGCUGUCGCCGUCGCCGCCACCACACAGCUUAAAGGCACACCGCGAAACACUCAUUCAGAGCUGGUGAGGGAGAACAGCACCUUGCAGGAUGAGGACUUCCCGGCGCUCAACACUCCAAGCAGGACGCAGGCCAAAGACCGCGCGGCCUCGCUUCCUGCUCCCUCUCCCCCGAAAGUGAGAGAGUCGCCCGUCUCGAAGAAGGAGAAGACUGCCACCGCUGUCGCAGCUACCGCAAAGCCUGCCGCUGUCGAACCGGCCACAGCUCCCAAGGAGGCCGCUGUUGACAAGAAGCGCAUCAGUCUGAACACUCAAGUGUCAGCACCGCCCUCGCCUGGUCCCAGGGGAGGAGAGACGUCUGCGGUGUCCGAGAGGUCGGCGUCCGUCUCUGCUGCCGCCUCAUUCCCCCCGCUACCUACACCAUCUGCGGGCAGCCCAUCACCAUCCGCAUCCAAGGUAGCACCCAAGACGCUGCGUCUGGUGUCGGGCCCACAGAGAGGAGCAGAAGUGCCCAUAAUGGCGUCACCGGCCUCUGCCGCGUCAAGGGCCAUGUCCCUGACCAACGUCCGUCCGGGCUCGCCGCCUGGCGAGAAUGCCAGCGACACUGCGUCCAUGUUCUCGGCGUCCGUGUCAGCGUCCCGAGCCGGGUCGCCCCCACCAACCAGGGUGGGGACUGCGGCCGUCCGGGCGACAACGAAGAGUCAGCAGCGCAAGCAGCGCAAGGAGGCUCAAAAGCAGGACACCGAGGUUAUCGCCGAAGCCGUCAAGCAGGACACGGAGGAGCAUGCGCCGGUUCUGGGGCGCAAGAAGAAGCAGAAGAAGGAGAAGCCUCCCAAGCCACCUGCGGCACCUAAGAAUAAGGAGCCGGAAGAAACCGCUUCAAAGGAGAGGAGAGAGGAGCCCAAGGCUCCGGAGCCGACUACUACUGCUGCCCCCGAGAAAGAUGCCAGGAAGGCACCUGUCAACCAAGGACUUAUGCAGGAGGACAUCUUUAAGCCACAGCAGCCUGAUGAUAUUUCCGCCAAGCCAACGGUGCCUAAGCCUGGCACGGCAGAUGUCAAGGAGGAGGAUGCCGUGGUCGAGCAGCCUGAGGAAGAAGAGAGGGAGCCAGAGCUGGUGCCAUCAGCCGUGUUUGACAAGAUCAAAGACAGUCUCUGGACGCCUGUGCUCGACCAGCUGCACAUGCUGAAGACUGUCACGUCUGCGCCGACGCGUCCCUCGCCGAACAGAAGCGGCAACAACAGCAAUAGCUCCACAGCGCUGGCGACGCAGGGCGACGACACCCCGUCUCCUUGCAAGGACGGGACAUGCAAGUGCGGCGAGAUCCAAGACAGCGACCUGGCUGCGCUCCGCGCAGGCAAGCCAGUGCACAAGCAGUUCCACGUGGACGGCAGCCGGAUGCUCAUCACACCCAACGGGGACUGCAUCCGCGGGCUUUCGGCGGAGGAGGAGUCCACAUUCUUAAGGCUGCAGACGUCGAUCGCCUCUGACGCCGAAUUCCCGGGGUCCUUUGUGUUCCAGCGCCACCAGCCGGGCAACGGAGCCUUCUCCCUUAUCAAAGGUCGGGCCGUGCCCAACGGGCGACCGAACAUCUUCCCGGCCACUAGCCGCCCCCAGUCGCAGGAUCCAAUCGGCAAGCUGCAGCGCGAGGACGCCCUGAGCUACAUCAACCAGUACGUCCUGCCGCGGCUCAACCUGGGCGCCACCAACGUCGGGUGGCCCAAGGGCGCCACUGUGCGGCAGGAUGCCGCUGCCGCCAGCCUCAACUCGCUCGCCCCCUACUUCUACGGGCCCGACGCCGCUGCGGGCGUGGGCAUCUACAGUGCGCCCGAGAACACCGGUGCUCCCAACGCGAUCAACACCAACAAGACUUUUGGCCCGUCGUCGUCGUCAUCUACGUCACCCUCACCCUCGCCCUUGAACGCCCCCCCCGACGACGCGAUUGGGGCGCAAAAGUACUACCCAGGCAGUGCCACUCCCGGCAUCGGUCCGGGCGGCGUGGCUCUCCCGGGUGCGGGCGGCAUCAACAGCAUGCCCCUCAUGAGUGUCGAGGAUGCCGAGGGUGCGCUCAGCGCCGCCAGAAAGGAGACGGAGAAGCUAGAGAAGAAACUCAAUGCGCUCAUCAAAUCGAACAAGAGGAUUCUUGUCUCUGGUAUCAACUAA